GAGGACUUGGGAGCCUCGCAGUCACUCUUCCUGACAGCCACAUCCACUGCUCUCCUGUCCCCCCCUCCUUCACCUCCAGCCCUCCUUUCCACUCAUCUGCAGCAAGCCUUCAUUCUUCUGGAACACUGCACCAAACCAAUAUUCUAUCUUUCUCCAACCUGAACCAGUCAUGGAAACCAGCAGGAAGAUUCUCUCCUUCUCUGAUGCCCUCCAUCACCUGCUUGUCAUGAUGCUAACUUUCAUCCGAGGCGUUUAUUCAAUGCCCGUCCCAACAGACGUCCCUAUGUGCACGGCCUCAGAAACAGCCCAAUACAGCCUAAUGUUUACUGGAAAAUGGACCCAAGCAGCUUUUCCUAAGCAGUACCCUGUGUACCGCCCACCUGCACAGUGGUCCAACCUUAUUGGGGUGACCCACAGCUACGACUACCACAUGUGGCAAAGUAAUGAGUUUGCCAGCAAUGGAGUGAGGGAGUUUGCGGAAAAAGGCGAGGCCUGGACAAUCAUGGAGGAAGUUGAGACGGCCGGUGAACGGAUCCAGAGCGUUUAUGGAAUCCUUUCAGCUCCUGCUGUUGUGGGAGGCACAGGCCAGAUGAACACAGAGUUUGAGGUCUUUGCAAGGCACUCCUAUCUAUCAUUUAUUGUGCGAAUUGUCCCAAGCCCAGACUGGUUUGUGGGUGCUGACAGCGUUGAUCUGUGUGACGGUGACCACUGGAAGGAGAAAGUGACACUGGAGCUUUUCCCAUACGAUGCAGGAACUGACAGUGGGUUCACUUUCUCUUCUCCCAACUUUGAGACCAUCCCACAGGACAGAAUCAUGCAGAUCACCUCGUCCUUCCCUAGCCACCCUGCCAAUUCCUUCUUCUAUCCCCGCUUGAAGCAUUUACCGCCUAUUGCCAAGGUCACACUGACAAAAAUAAAGAAGAUGAAUCAAAUCAUCAGCCUGCCACUGGAGCCGACACAGUCCAACCUGCUGCUGACGGGAAAUGAGAUCGAAGACAAGCUGAUAAACACCCCCCUGGACUGUGAGGUGUCAGCCUGGUCUCCCUGGGGCCUGUGCAAAGGCAAGUGUGGAGACUCAGGUGUGCAGCACCGCACCCGCUACAUCAUAAUGCACCCAGCAAACAACGGAGCAGCCUGCCCUCUGCUGGAGGAGGAGAGGAAGUGCUUCCCGGACAACUGUUUAUGACUAGGCCGGGACAGGAGGGAGAGGAAGGAGAGGAGGAAGAAGAAAGAGAAGAAAAACAAAAGAGGAAGGAACGGACGGAGACGUUCAAAGAACCACAAAAGGUCUGCAAUUUAUUCACAUGACGUGUAAACAUCGAUCUGUUCAAUCCCAGUUUCACCAUUUUUUUUGUCACCAACAUGAUGAAUUGCUAAAAAGGAUGGAGGAAAUCCCAACAAGUCAUUCUGAUAGAAAUGCCAGAACUAAACAGGAGUAGUUUGGCAGAGAAGCCAAUAGACCCCAAUUCAGUUUUGACCAGUGAUCAGAAUGGCUACAGAUGGGAAGACACACUGAAAACACACUGGUACUAAAUCUGGUUUCACAGCUUUAAAUGAUAUAAAAAAUGUAAUCCUAUUAAGUGACCUUGACCAAAAAUACCGUACAGCAUGUGUUACAGACAUACUGUUUCCCUUCAGAGAAGAACAUAUUUAUUGACAGGAUUUUAACCUGUUCUGUACAGCAUAUGAAAUUUAAUUUGAAUGUAUGAACCUGACUGUUGUGAAGAGCCUCGAGACAACAUGUGUUGUGAAUUGGCGCUUUAUAAAUAAAACUGAAUUGAAUUGAAAUCUGAAAAUUGUAUUCCUUUACAUUAUUGAGAUAUAAAAUAUGUCUAAAGGUUUUUGUAUAAAACAAUAAAAAAUGUAACAAAUGCAAAACAAAUGUAUUUUUCUGUAGAAGAUAAUAAAGUGUGAAUGUAUCACGUGAAA